UGAAAUGUCUCAGUCAUUUUUAUGUGCAUGCGGUAUAUUCCCAAAGGUUGCAAUCUUAAGGUUUUCAUUAUAGAGGGAAGUGUUUCUACUUUGUAUUUUUUUUGUUAGAUAUAUUGGAUGACUUAAAAUUGCUCUUUCGAGAGCUGUGGAGGUGCUGUUUAGUUGGAGAUGCUAUUCUAAACAUAUUUUGGAGUGAUUUGUGGCAGCAAAGCAGAUAUACUACAGUGGGAGCAUUUGAAUUCAUAUGGCAUUGAAGAAGGUGGCAUCAUGAGUGAGGAGCCAGAUCCCUUGGCAGUAGUUAACCAGCUGCGUGACUUGGCAGCUGAUCCUAUGAAUAGGCGUGCCAUUGUUCAAGAUCAUGGGUGUCUGCCUGGCCUUGUAUUAUUUCUGGACCAUCCAAACCCUGAGGUUGUUUACUCUUCUCUACUGGCUCUCCGCUAUCUGGCAGAAUGUCGUGCAAACAGAGAAAAAAUGAAAGGUGAACUGGGUAUGAUGCUCAGUUUGCAGAAUGUGAUAGAAAAAUCUACUACACCUGGAGGUACAAAACUUUUGGCUUCUGAAGUCUAUGAAACCCUUCAGUCUUCCUGCAGUUCAGAUUCAGAGUAUUCAAAUGAGUCCAAUUCCAGAAGACGCAAAGCACAGUUUUUUCUUGGAGCAACAAACAAGCGUGCCAAAACAGUUGUGUUACACAUAGAAGGCCUUGAUGAUCAGUCUCGAAGAAGUCUUUGUGAAGAGACCUUGUUAAAAAUUAAAGGAGUUAUCAGCUUUACUUUCCAGAUGGCUUUGAAAAGGUGCAUUGUUCGAAUAAGAUCUGAUUUAAAAGCGGAGGCUCUUGGGACAGCAAUCGCAUCAACUAAAGUUCUGAAAGCACAACAGGUUUUAAAAGACGAAAGUGGAGAUGAGAUGCUGGUUCCAUUCCAAGAUGCCCCUGAGGAAGUUGAACAGAACACAGAUUUACCCGACUACCUACCAGAGGAAGAAAGUCCUUGUAAAGAAAUGGAUAAAGCAGUGUCCCGUGUGGGCUCCAAGCAGGAAGGCAGUGGUGGCUGGCUUAGUACAGCAGCAAACUUUUUGUCACGGUCAUUUUAUUGGUGACGAAAGGCACAGACUUGAUGGCAGUAAUUUUGGGGGAGGGGUUAUUUCCCAUUUAUGUGGUGAACUGCAAAGUGCAAUUUAAAACAGUAUGUAAUGGUUUUAAGGAAAGCUUCCUGCAAUGUACUAUAUUGAUGGUACAUUUGACACAUUUGACUUUUUAAGACAUCUAAAAACGCACAUCCUGGUGCAAGUCUACUUUUUUAUCAUUUGACUGAUUUGCACUUUUACCAUUGGGUUCACCACUGAAUUUGAAAGAUUUCCUAACUUUAGUGGCCUAAAUUUAUGAGGAGUUCAGAUGCAGGAUCUGGUGCUUCUGCUUUCAGUUGCAUGUGAGGAUAAAUUUUCUUUUAUAAAUUAAUGAACUGUAUUGUGCUUGAAUUUAGUAUGUCAUUGUUUGAUCUGCCUUUUUAAUUACAAAUGUAUUCUCAGUUGCUGCAGGUAUUAAUUUAGUAACUGUGAAGUAAUUAAUACCUGUAUUAUUAUGUUGGGUAAUUCUUUUCUUUUCUACUGUUUCUUUGGUAUUGCUCAUGUGAAAUACCAAAGUGGUUUUGCACUGCUUCUUUUAUUCACAUGGAGAUUUAGUUUACCAUUGUAUGUUAGAGACAUAAAGAGGAGUGUUCGUUUGUAUUUAAGUUUUGAAUGAAUAGAUGUGACUGCUGUAAAAUUUCUUAACAAAUUCUAUUGAAUCAAGGCAGUUUAAAAAUUAGUACACAUGUUACAGAAAUAAGUGUAAUCCACUGACAAGUACAGAAGUUCGUUAUGACCAAAGACAGUUUGUAUGCUGACAGAGCAGGCCUGUUUGUAUGCUUGAUAUGUCUCUCUCCAUUUUGCAUCGAAUUGGACACCAAGAGCAGCAACAGCAGUAGAAAUAGUCCUAUAAUUUUAGUAAAUACUUGGCUGAUUCACCUACUUCACCCGUAUUGUGAAGUAGGGGAGUAGGCUGAUAACUGUGGAAGCCAUUCUGAACUUAAGUGAGGAAAAUACCAAGUAAUGUGUUGUAUAAACCUUUUUUGCGAGGAAAGCCUAACUUAGAAUUCUGUAAGGUAAUGGGAUGGUACAACUUGUGAAUCACCUUUGGGGCUAUGCGCUUACGAAGCAUAUUUUGCCCGGCUGGACAAAGCCAUAGUAUGGCUGACUUGUCCUUAAAUUUUGAAACUGUGGAGAACUGAUGGUUUCAAGCACCUUGAAUAAUAACCAUUUUCAUUAAUUCAUGCUUCGGUAACGCACGUAAUCCAGUUAAGGGUUUUGGAGGAGCCAGAGCCCAUCCCAGCAUGCACAGGUUCAGUGAGUUGAAGGCAAUUCUGAAUGAGGUACCAAGUCAUUGUAGGAUUUUCCGUCUGGCAUUUUGUUUAAGCAAAAGUCAAAACACUGUGAUUGAUGAUGUUCCAAGUCCCUCUUUUAUUUUAGUUUGAAGAGCACCCUAAGCAACCAGAUGAUCAGCAGCUUCAAAGUUUAUGCCCAUUGCAGGGUGUGAGUGGGUCAGUAUAACAUAAAGUGUAGCUGUAUUUGCUCUUAAAGAAUGAUCUUUAAAUUCAUAAACUUUCACAGUAAACUAAACAUUCCCUUAGACUGUUGCAGAUGAUUGUUGCUUUUUGCUGCUUCACGCUAGUUGUUAUAAUGUUAAAGAUGUUGAUACAGUCUUUAUAUAUUUCUGUGAUGAAACAGAUUUUCUUCACCAUUCACGACUAAUUCUUUGGUUUAGACAUCUGUCCCUGGGUGUACUGCAGAAAUUAAUCUUUUUUUCAGAGUUGCCAUUAAUGGAGGCAUUGUGCACAUUCAGCAGUGUCAUUUGCAUAGUAGCAUGUUUUGACCUUGCCAGCCCCUCCCUCAGCUAUUUUAGUUCAUUCACCCUUUCCAUUGAGUGUGCAGUAAUGACAUUGCUCAGUUUUGCAGUUGUAAGUAGCUGAGAGUGUUUCAAGUACACAGUGACUUGUUUUUAUCACCUUAACCAAGUUUAUUUUAUUUUGUCAAUAAAAAUAUAAAAUAGUAA